UCUCGCUGGUCGCGCGCGCAAGGUACUCGCCUUGUGCAUAUGCGCGCACGCAUCGAACAGCCUUCGAGAUACGCGAUACAGCGAACUUUUAAUUUGCAGUAAUGACGAAAAAUAUAUUAUAAGUUCGAGUGCUUUUAUUCAUAAAUAUAUAAACUGUAUAGUGAUACAUUUUGAAAAACAAAUUGUGUUAUAAAAUAUUUAAUUUAUCAGUGAUUAAUUAACUUGGUGCGGCGGUAAAUAAUUAAAAAUGUCGCAAUCGAAGUCGCCUGUCGACACGGACAGCUUGCUGCAGGAAUUAGGGCAGUUUCGUCCUUACCAUCUCAUGAACUAUUUUCUGAUUGCUCUGGCGGCAUUUUCGGCUGCCUUAUACGGAAUCAACUAUGUGUUUCUUGCCGCUGAUGUAUCAUAUAGAUGCGUGAUCCCAGAAUGCGAGCUAACGAACAGCACGGACUACUCCCCACCGUGGCUGGAGCUAGCGUUACCGGAGGGUACCCAGGAACGCCGAUGCUCCGCUCGCAUUCCCAUCGACUCCUGCGACACUUUCUCUGAGGAACUGCGGCCAUGUGAGCAUUGGCUGUAUGCCUCUAAGGAUACUAUUGUUGCUGAGUUCAAUUUGGCGUGUCAGGAAUGGAAGCGAACGCUGGUGGGCACCAUCCACAACAUCGGCAUGCUGGUCUCCGUACCCUUGCUAGGCUAUAUAUCUGACAGAUGGGGCCGCAAAAAGGCGUUGGUGCUGAGCUGUACGCUGGUGGGUGCCAUCGGCUCCCUCAAAGCUUUCUCCAUCUCCUACGAAAUGUACGUCAUCGUGGAGUUCCUGGAGACUGUUGCGGGAGCUAGCGCCUUCCCCGCUGCUUAUAUUUUGACUAUCGAACUCUUGGGCCAAGACAAGCGAGUGUUGACAACUGCGUUCCUGGGUAUCGUGUUAGUCAUAGGCGGCUUAUGCUUCGCACUCCUUGCAAAAACGUUCCAAUACUGGCGUACUUUCAUUCUUGUGGCUUACCCGCCGUCUCUCCUCUUUAUAUCCUACAUAUACUUCUUACCAGAGAGCAUUCGCUGGCUUCUCUCUAAAGGAAAGAAAGAAGAGGCAUUAAAAAUAAUAAUGAAAGCUGCUAAAAUGAACAAGGUGACGUUAUCGGAUGAAAUGAUGCGUCAGUUGACGACCGUCGAUGAAAAAGUGAAGACGGUAGAAGAGAAACAGCCAAAGGAGCAAGGGCUCUGGAUGCAGGUGCUGAAAUCCCCGAUAAUAAUGUCACGAUUGGCCAUCUGUUCUUGGUGGUGGAUAACUUGUACGUUUGUGUUCUACGGGUUGGCGAUAAACUCUGUUUCUCUGGCGGGAGACAAGUACACCAACUUCAUGUUGGUGGUCAGCGUUGAGGUGAUUGCGGUGGUCACCAAUGCGCUGGUGCUGGACCGGAUUGGAAGGAAGCGCACUCUGUUGAUUGCUUUCAUGGUUUGUGGAGUGUCCUGCAUCGCGAUCGCUUUUGUUCCUAAAGACAUGUCGUGGCUGGUGACCCUCCUGUACCUGGUUGGCAAGAUAGCCAUCACGCAAGCGUUCAACGGCAUCUACAUGUACACGUCGGAGCUGUUCCCGACGCAUGCGCGCCACUCGCUGCUUGGCUUCUGCUCGAUGGUCGGCAGAGUGGGGUCCAUUGUCGCUCCUCAGAUGCCCUUGCUUGCAAUCUACAUCGACUGGCUGCCUUCAGUGCUGUUCGGGUCUACGGCGCUAAUGGCUGCGGCGCUGAUGAUGACCACGCCAGAGACGCUCAACAUGCGUCUCCCGGACACCAUCAAUGAGGCUGAGAACAUCGGCAAACAAAAAUCUGAGACCGCCACCUCACAGUUUUAACGAGAUUAAGAGAAUAACGUGCAAUAUUUAGUGAUGACGUAUGAAAUAUUAGUUUCCAGACAGUAAUUUUAAUGUUAUUUAUGAAAAGUUUACAAAAUGUUAUAACAGGGACAGUGCGCCGCCUAAAAUUAUUGAACGGUGUUUCAAUAUGUGCAUUAUGAUUAUUAUUUUGCGCUGUGAUAUUCCAAGUGAUCAUAUUAUAAAUAAUUAAUUAACCCCUUAAUAAAAGAUUUUAUAUGGACGAGUUCUUUAUACCAACUACUAAAACAACCAAUUUUAUUGUAAUUCAUAGAAUAUUUAUAUUUAAAGUAACUUAAAAAUUGACAAAACCUUUCACUGUUUAGUGUAUUCAAACAUCUUAAACUAUAUUUUCUAUUUUAUCAGAUGACACGAAUAUGAGUAUUUUACGCUGUGAUAUUGCGAUUGAUUGAUACCAUUUUAUAAUAGCGAAACAUCAAAAUGACUUGUUACUCAAAGAAUGAUAAUAAACAAGGGAACAUGACUAAUUAUUGUUUGUAGAGUAAUUUGUAGUUAACCGAUGAAAUAAUGUUAAAUAAUUUAUGUAGAUAUUGUAUCGUACUCCUAUUUUAAUGUUUAAGAAUUACAAUAAACUAUCAUGAGUGAACCUAU